CUCCUCCUUCUCCGCCUCCUACCACCACAGCUCUGCCGGUGGGGCGCAACACGACCACUACCAUAGACCCAGUUGGUUUCUAGGAACGGCCGAUAGACCACCUGGCACACCACCCACCACCGCCGUGUCUGUCAUCAGAGCUCCGUCACUUUGCUGCGCUUAGUUUGCUGCUCUGCUUUCAUCUCGUCACAUCAUGGGAGAACGAGAGGACCUAGUCUACCAGGCGAAACUUGCCGAGCAAGCAGAGCGAUAUGAUGAGAUGGUGGUGUUUAUGAAGAAAGUGGCCGGCAUGAAUGUGGAGCUCACAGUGGAGGAGAGGAACCUACUAUCAGUGGCCUACAAGAAUGUGAUCGGAGCUCGGAGAGCUUCCUGGAGGAUAAUCAGCAGUAUCGAACAGAGGGAAGAGAGCAAAGGUGGAGAAGAGAAACUGAAGAUGAUCCAGGAAUACAGGCAAACGGUGGAGAAGGAGCUGAAGUCGAUCUGUGGUGACAUUCUGGAUGCACUGGAACGGCACCUACUCCCCUCAGCUCUCCUGGGAGAGUCUAGGGUCUUUUACAACAAAAUGAAGGGUGACUACCACAGGUACCUGGCAGAGUUUGCCACCGGAAACAACAGAAAGGAGGCGGCAGAGAACAGUUUGGUGGCCUACAAAACUGCUACUGAUCUAGCCAUGUUGGAGCUGCCACCCACGCACCCCAUCCGCCUCGGCCUUGCCCUCAACUUCUCCGUCUUCUAUUACGAGAUCCUCAACUCACCCGACCGAGCUUGCAGGUUGGCGAAGGCGGCGUUCGACGACGCCAUUGCAGAACUGGACUCACUGAGUGAAGAAAGCUACAAGGACUCCACACUUAUCAUGCAGUUGUUACGUGACAACCUGACACUAUGGACUUCAGAUAUGCAGGGAGAAGAAUCCUAAAGGAAACAAACCUGUUCAUUUCCCAUGUUAACUGUACUUUGUGAAGAACAGAACAAAGAGGCACUGCAAGACGUCGAGGACGAGGCCCAGUGAGACUAUGCCACCAACAGCCAACAACUUGAGACCCACCCCCCCCUCACACUCCUCCUCCUCCUCCUCCUCCUUCCUCCACCUUCGUCCUCCUCAUCCUCCCCUUCCUCCCUUUCCGAGAAUCACCUUCCUCCUCCUCCUCCUCCCCCUCCCUUUUCCUUUCUUCCACCUCUGCAGCUCCGAGGCCCAGCAGGACCCCAGAGUCAACAAGUUGAUUUUUCUCUUCUUUUUUAUUUUUAUAUUAGCCCUUACAUCACUCAAGUAAAUACCACUUAAAUGAGACAGGAAAUACAACGUUAGAGAGGCAAAGAUAAAGAAAUAGGUCCCUGGAUGUUUUUGUUUUUUGUCCUGGUACAAGCGGUUCUGAAAAUGUUAUCUUUGUUUUCGUUGUUGUUGUAUUUUUGUUUUGUUUGUUUGUUUGUUUGUUUUUUUUUGUUGCUUUUCCUCAAUAUUUUUAUCAGUUGCUGGAUGUAUUGAGAGUUUUUUUUUUUCUUAAUGUAAUUACAGAAAUUAACUUUUAUUACUGAUAAUGUUGACUUAGUUAUGGGAGCGGUUUUAUCUGAGUUUUUAGUGAAAUGUCAUGCGGAUCAUUUUACCUUUUUUUUGUGGGCAGUUUGGGAAAACUACAAGUGCCCUUUUUAACUUAGUUUUUCAGAGGACGUUGGCAAAAUUCGCGAUAUCCACGUGGGGCAAAGAAGUGCUUAACUUUUACACCAUAGUGAUUCUGUUGUCAUGUUUUUGUAGUUGUCCUUGGACUGUACUUUGUGCUGAAAUACUGUAACUGUGCACACAUGCUGAAUCUCUGAAGGCAGAUUUAUCUCUUGAAGGCGGAUUUAAUUUAAAAAUAUAAAACUUGGGAGAUGGCUCACUUGUGUAAAAGACAAGUCUCUAUUUGGCCCCACUCCUCCCCACAGAGAGAGAGAGAGAGCUCUAAAAUCAACAUGGUCAGUGCUUGCAUGAGUUGAUACUUUUUCUUUUUCUUCUGCUGCUCCUCCCCUACGUUUCACGAAAGCUCCUUUAGGUUCAGAGAUUUUCUUUCUUUUGCCGUUUCCUUUGUUGCUCUUCUCGUUUUGCUUCAUUAUGUGUAUCUUGGAGCUGAUUUGUACUACUGGAUAUCUGACUGGAGCCACAGACAGGGAAUCUGUAUUGUUCUUACUGAAACACAGCAUGGAAUUAACAUUAAACAGUCUAAAUUAAACAUCA